GCAGCAGCAGAAAAAUAGCAAAAAAAAAAAAUUAAACUGAAUCAGCUGCCGAGCUGCAAGCGGAGAUGAAUAAACACAGUUCGCUUGAAGAUGCCGCCGUCGCUCAGUCUAAUGAGACAACAACAACAACAACAACAGUAACAACUACAAAUGCUACUGCACUGCGUCGUCAGCCCACAAAAUAUCCACACGGUCUCAAUAUAACAGUUCAGACUGUGGACGAUUCAACUGCCGAUGAUUACUCGCGUGCUUCGACAUUGAGAAGCAACAGCAGCAACAAUUCCUGCUGGACUGAUACCCAAAAGUACCGCAUCGGCAUGCUCGGAAGUCCCGAGACACUUGCUGAGCUGCAAGUGCGACGCUACAAGUAUCCGCUGACCGCCAACUAUUAUCUUAAUCGUGCUGGCAACGGGUCGGGUGGACAAAUGCAGGAGAAGCCCACGCCCUUGAUGAUGCUGGGCUUUGUGAAGCGCGCUUGUCGCUGGAAGUAUCUGCGUUGGCCCAUCAUCUUUGUGGCCAGCGUGCUGCUCUUCUUCGGCCUGAUCACCUACUGCCUCUGGCUACACGACGUCAGCGUUGCCCGAGCUCGUUUCCUGCAACGUCGCUACGAGGCAACUGUGGCCAGCAGCUCCUCGUCACCUACCGACUGGGACCCACUGACUGAAGAGGAUGUCACCGAAAGAGAACGCGAAGGGGAAGCGAAAACGGAAACACUGCUGACCACGACCACAGAGAAUGGCAACAUGUUGCACGCAUCCACGCGCCUCAAAGCCAUCGACACGCACAGAGAACAGACCACAUUAAUGCCUGUGACCGAAGCGGACUCGGCGGACUUCGAGGGCGGCGACGAGGACUACGACGAUGUGCUACUCCCCGCGGACAGCAUUCGCUUCACCUCGGGACACCAAAACAGCUUCGGCGUGCCCAUCGAACAGGACAAGCGCAUGCUGCAGCUCCUCAAGGAUCUUCUGCCCAAGCCGCAGUCGACGCCCCCGGGGAACGUGCAUCUGUUGACCCGCGUGUCUCCGACGCUGCCGCCGCCCUCGGGGGUCAGUGGCAGGCCAACGGAGGCGAUGACCACGACCCCGUCGAGCAGCAACAUUGGCAGUGUCGUCGGAUGCAUCUCCACAGCUCUGCCUAUGUGUCGUGGCGUGCUCGACUAUGAUCUGACCUAUGGCAGUGGGAACGGAGCACCGCGGGAUGCCGCUGCAAUGACUGCGUAUGAACAGCUCAUCAAUGCCAACUGCUCGGCACGUGCUGUGGAGUUCAUUUGCGCAGCCCUGGAGCCCGAGUGCCGUCCCUCGCACAUUGGACAGCUGCCGCCGUGUAGGCGCAUCUGCAAAGCCAUAUUGGAGGCCUGUUCGAUUGCGAUUGCCAACUCGGAUCAGCUGAGCGAACUCUUCGACUGCAGCCAAUAUCCGGAUGCCCACGAGACCCACAAGUGCGAGGAUCCCACGCGCAGACGCGACUAUUGCUACGGCAAUGAGUUUCAGUGCCACGACGGCAGCUGCAUUCCCCAGACCUGGCAGUGUGACAACAUCAAGGAUUGCGCCGGGGGCGAGGACGAGGAUGAACAGUGUCUGGUAUGUGAGCACGAGGAGUUUCGUUGCCGCUCCAACGAGAAGUGCAUCUCGGAGCAGUUGCGCUGUGAUCUCAACUACGACUGCUUCGAUGCCAGCGACGAGGAGGAUUGCGACAACUUUGGCUCUGGGGACAGCGAACCCUUCGACGAGGCGGAAUUAAACGCCUUUCCCCGCAUCUUCUCUUACGCUAGCUUCCUCUCGCCCAACGAGACCAACGAGAAGCUCUACACAUACAUCACAGCCACCACAGAUGAAGAAGCUGGCACCGAGACCAAGUUCCAGCUUCAUCAGGUGGCUGCCCCAGUCCCAGAAGCUGCUGCUGUUGUCGCUCCGGUGAAUGCCAGCGCAGAGGAAAUAGCUGCUGGCGGACCCAAAGGGUUUGUGAACUUUCGGGACAGCAAAGAGAUCAUGAUGACCAGCGAUUCGGAAACCAAGUUCAAGUACUCAUCGCAGCGCGCCAAUCGCACUACAAGCAAGCUCAGCAUUCCCACAGCCACCGCGCCUACUCGAAGUGCCAGUGCCAUUCCCCCCUCGGCCCUGGCUCAGCAGCGAGAAAGGGAGCGACUGACCGAUCAGCUAAUCAGCAACACUGGCAGUCCCCCAAGCUCCACAACCAGCACCACAGACAGCUCACUCAUAACAAGAGCGCCAGGACGUUGUCAACCCCACGAACUGCGCUGCGUGAGUGGCAAGUGCAUCACUGUCGAUCAGCUGUGCGACAAACAAGUGGACUGUCCCGAUGCCGCCGACGAGAUUAUGUGCGUCUACAGAGAGCGACCCAGUGCAAGGCUGUCGACGACAACUCUGAAGGCAACCACAAUCACCACAGCAGCCACAACAAUGUUGCCACAAACAACGACAACGACGCGACGUGCAACGCGGCCAAAUCCCAAUCGAAGUCGAAAGCCCAAGUCUUAGGACAAUGUACAUUAUUGUGGACUUCAAAAUGAACGUAUAUUAUUAUUUAUGUCUACUUGUAUAUCUCUCUUCUACUUCUUUGUAUCUUUCGUAUCUACGAUCUAUCUAUAUAUGAUAUGUGUAUGAUAAUUGGCUAGACCUUAAGUUGUUAGUAGAUUGUUUGACUAUUUUUAUGUACCAACUGCAGACCGUAACCGGAAUGUAUAAUAUUUUUUGUGUGUAUUUUAGCAAUAAUAAAGAUAAG